AUGGCAAUGUCGUUUAUAGGGCCUCCAAUGCCACCAUGGGAACGGUUCGGACAUGGACCUCCUCCAUGGGCGGGGCCGCCCGAUAUGCCACCACCACCACCGCCGUGGGGGAUGCCACCUCCACCUUUUCUGCCACCACCGCCACCACCACCACCACCGCCGCCUCCACCUUUUCCUCCUUUAGGGGGAGAGAUAGAGCUCGUAGACAGUCUCAACAAACACACAACCGCCUUCUCCAGACCUGGUCAAGGUUACGAAAACGUCAUUUAUAUGCUCAAAGACUACAUGGAGUCGAAAUCAGGACGGCAAUACGUGAGUGUAGUAGAUUGGAAAAGAAUAAGAGUAUGUGUUAGUGCUGAAUAA